ACUUUAUAGUGUACACUGCAGUUCAACAAUUUUUUGCUUGUUAAAAUGUUACUUUAACUUGUUAGUUCGCAUCUCUUAUGCACUUUCGAUCUGGAUUUUUAGUUUGUUUACUCGCUUCCAUCGUAAUCGAAACAUAACCUGUAACUGAUUCCAAAACUCUGUUACUGCCGAUACAUUAUCAUCCCCGGACUGCAUCGGCGCUGCAAAGAACGCCAUGCCUCGCCAGAAGCAAAAGGAGCCUAAACUAUCGAAAACACCACGCAAAGGCAUCACCGUUCCUCCUCGUGUUAUAGGAGGACGGCAUAGCGCUCGCGUGCGACGCGAAGACACACCAGAGGCAGAGGAGUCUGCAUCAGGCAGUGAGAGCGGCAGUCGUUCUGCGUCGCCAUCCGAAUCCCCCGUUGCCUCCACUCCGUCGCGUUCUCCAUCACCUCCGCAUCGUCGCGCUCCGCGUGUUCGUGGAGUUAAUACCGUUAAGGCAGUCAAAACGGUACAGAAGCCCGAAUCUAGCCGUCGACGACCACGUCCGGGACAGGGAGUCCAGCAGACCCAAGCCACUGGCAAGCGACAAGCACAGGUGGCCAAAAAGCCGCGUCGUCGACCCGGAAUUCUGGUGCUGCGAGAUAUCCGUUUUCUGCAGAACACCACGCACACACUCAUUCCACGCUCAUCCUUUGCCAGACUGGUGAGGGAAAUCGCGCACAAACACACACCAGAUCUGCGCUUUCAAGCUGUCGCCCUGCAGGCGUUGCAGGAGGCUUCCGAACAUUUUCUGAUUUCCCUCUUUGAGGAUGUCAACCUGUGCGCUGUACACGGCCGCCGUGUAACCAUCAUGCCACGGGAUAUGACACUGGUUCUGCGAUUGCGUCGUGAUGCCCGAUAUCGUUCAUUGGAGGAGCAAGGCCGACAUCGUGUGCGCAUGUAAAUUACACAUUUCGGAACAAGUGCAGCAUGAAAAUGCAGUUGUGCUGAUUGCUAUGAUGGCUUAUUCCUUUUUCGGAAGACCGGGUCUUGUAAAUUCAACUUGCAUUUUUCCCUCUCACUGCUUGUAACUUGUACAUAAUUCGUGGCACAUCCGUGCAUUGUGGUUUACUUUCUCUUACGUUUCGGUAUUUUGUAUUAUUCAUGCCUGGUAGUUUCAGUUGAGCAUGUUUAUUUACUUUGUGCUCUGCUCCGUGAACCGCAAGGAGGUUUGGAUUUAUUGUUAUCGGAAGUUUGCUAUCCGGUCAGUAUAGUUGCACGUUGAUCUAACAAUUUUUUUCGUUCUCUUUAUAUAUAGAUACUGUAUUGUUACAGUUGGUAUGUUAUUUUUUUGCCUCGGUGCAUGUUGGAAUCGGUUAGCAUUGCUUUGAAUUUGUGUAGUACUCGUACAGUACCUCAUUUAUAGUUCUCUUAUUUUGUUUCUGAAUAAAGUUGUCGCAUCAGUGA